CGUCGUCCGCGCGGCGCUGCGCGUCGCUGGCUCCUUAGCCAAGAUGGCGGAGAGCGGUGAGGGUCUGGGCACCGUCCCGGAGCACGAGCGGAUCUUGCAGGAGAUCGAGAGCACCGACACAGCCUGCGUGGGGCCAACCCUCCGGUCUGUGUAUGAUGAUCAACCAAAUGCACACAAGAAGUUUAUGGAAAAGUUAGAUGCUUGUAUCCGUAAUCAUGACAAGGAAAUUGAAAAGAUGUGUAAUUUUCAUCAUCAGGGUUUUGUAGAUGCUAUUACAGAACUGCUUAAAGUAAGAACUGAUGCAGAAAAACUGAAGGUUCAAGUUACUGAUACCAACAGAAGGUUUCAAGAUGCUGGAAAAGAGGUGAUACUCCAAACAGAAGAUAUUAUUCGGUGUAGAAUUCAGCAGAGGAAUAUUACAACUGUAGUAGAAAAAUUGCAGUUAUGCCUACCAGUGCUGGAAAUGUACAGUAAGCUAAAGGAACAGAUGAGUACAAAAAGGUCUGUGUAUGAUGAUCAACCAAAUGCACACAAGAAGUUUAUGGAAAAGUUAGAUGCUUGUAUCCGUAAUCAUGACAAGGAAAUUGAAAAGAUGUGUAAUUUUCAUCAUCAGGGUUUUGUAGAUGCUAUUACAGAACUGCUUAAAGUAAGAACUGAUGCAGAAAAACUGAAGGUUCAAGUUACUGAUACCAACAGAAGGUUUCAAGAUGCUGGAAAAGAGGUGAUACUCCAAACAGAAGAUAUUAUUCGGUGUAGAAUUCAGCAGAGGAAUAUUACAACUGUAGUAGAAAAAUUGCAGUUAUGCCUACCAGUGCUGGAAAUGUACAGUAAGCUAAAGGAACAGAUGAGUACAAAAAGGUAUUAUUCUGCUCUAAAAACCAUGGAACAAUUAGAGAAUGUAUACUUUCCCCGAGUUAGUCAAUACCGGUUUUGUCAGCUAAUGAUAGAAAAUCUUCCUAAACUCCGUGAAGAUAUUAAAGAAAUCUCCAUGUCUGAUCUCAAAGACUUUUUGGAAAGCAUUCGUAAACAUUCUGACAAAAUAGGUGAAAAGGCAAUGAAACAGGCACAGCAGCAGAAAACUUUCAGUGUUCUGCAGAAGCAAACUAACAUAAAAUUUGGGAAGAAUACGUACAUAAAUAGUGGUAGAAUUCCAGCAGAAAGGAAUGAAAUUGUAUUGAAGCAUGCACUUGAGGAAGAGGAUGAGAAUGAAGAAGAGGUCUUAACUGUUCAGGAUCUUGUUGAUUUUUCCCCUGUUUACCGGUGUUUACAUAUUUAUUCUGUUUUGGGUGAUGAGGAAACAUUUGAAAAUUAUUACCGAAAACAAAGAAAGAAACAGGCAAGACUGGUGUUGCAACCCCAGUCAAAUAUGCAUGAAACAGUUGAUGGCUAUAGAAGAUAUUUCACUCAAAUUGUAGGGUUCUUUGUAGUGGAAGAUCACAUUUUACAUGUGACCCAAGGAUUGGUAACCAGAGCAUACACUGAUGAACUUUGGAACAUGGCCCUCUCAAAGAUAAUCGCUGUCCUUAGAGCUCAUUCAUCUUACUGCACUGAUCCUGAUCUUAUUUUGGAGCUGAAGAAUCUCAUUGUAAUAUUUGCAGAUACUUUGCAGGGUUAUGGUUUUCCAGUAAACCGACUUUUUGACCUUUUAUUUGAAAUAAGAGAUCAAUAUAAUGAAACACUGCUUAAGAAAUGGGCUGGAGUUUUCAGGGACAUUUUUGAAGAAGAUAACUAUAGUCCCAUCCCUGUUGUUAAUGAAGAAGAAUAUAAAAUUGUCAUCAGUAAAUUUCCCUUUCAAGAUCUGGACCUUGAAAAGCAGUCUUUCCCAAAGAAAUUUCCCAUGUCUCAGUCAGUGCCUCAUAUUUACAUUCAAGUUAAAGAAUUUAUUUAUGCCAGCCUUAAAUUUUCAGAGUCAUUACACCGGAGCUCAACAGAAAUAGAUGACAUGCUUAGAAAAUCAACAAAUCUGCUGCUGACCAGAACUUUGAGUAGUUGUUUACUGAAUCUUAUUAGAAAACCUCAUAUAGGUUUGACAGAGCUAGUGCAAAUCAUCAUAAAUACAACACACCUGGAACAAGCUUGUAAAUACCUUGAGGACUUUAUAACUAACAUUACAAAUAUUUCUCAAGAAACUAUUCAUACUACAAGACUUUAUGGACUUUCUACUUUUAAGGAUGCCCGACAUGCAGCAGAAGGAGAAAUAUAUACCAAACUUAAUCAAAAAAUUGAUGAAUUUGUUCAGCUUGCUGAUUAUGAUUGGACAAUGUCUGAGCCAGAUGGAAGAGCUAGUGGUUAUUUAAUAGAUCUUAUUAAUUUUUUGAGAAGCAUCUUUCAAGUAUUUACUCAUUUGCCUGGGAAGGUUGCCCAGACAGCUUGCAUGUCAGCCUGCCAGCAUUUGUCAACAUCCUUAAUGCAGAUGCUACUGGACAGUGAGUUAAAACAGAUAAGCAUGGGAGCUAUUCAGCAAUUUAACUUAGAUGUCAUACAGUGUGAAUUGUUUGCCAGCUCUGAGCCUGUGCCAGGAUUCCAGGGAGACACCCUGCAGCUAGCAUUCAUUGACCUCAGACAACUCCUUGACUUGUUUAUGGUUUGGGAUUGGUCUACUUAUCUAGCUGAUUAUGGACAGCCAGCUUCUAAAUACCUUCGGGUGAAUCCAAACACAGCCCUUACUCUUUUGGAGAAGAUGAAAGAUACUAGCAAAAAGAACAAUAUAUUUGCUCAGUUCAGGAAGAAUGAUCGAGACAAACAGAAGUUGAUAGAGACAGUCAUGAAACAGCUGAGAAGUUUGGUGAAUGGUAUGUCCCAGCACACAUAGACUUCACAUCUCUUGCACUCAUUGACACAAAUCUGUGACUCAACAUUGAUCUCUAAUUAUGUCAUGAUCUCUAAUCUAGUCAUGAGAUUUGUGUGCUGAAUUCAAAAAUACAAUAGAGAAAAGACACUGGUGAGAGCUUAAAAAAGAAAGAAUAAUAACAUAAAAUCAUUUGUAUGGAUUUUAAAAUAAUUGAAUACUAUUUUAUAUGUGGAAAACAUGACAAUGAUUUUUUUCAUUUAGGGGAAAAGGGCAAAACUGUAAAAUAUAAAUCAGGUCAAAAAUAUGUAUAUUGAAAAAAAAUUAGAAAAAUUUAUGCCUCUACUUAUAAGUAUUUUUUUUUUUCUAUUUCGACUUCAAUGAUUUUCUGUUUUUUGUUUUUUUUUUUCCCCAUCAGUUUCUGGUUUUGGAAUGCAGUCAUAUCUGAGACGAAUAUAUUUCACUGUCAUUUUCUGACUUUAGCUUUUAUUGUCACCUCAGUGUGAUUUAAGUAGCCUAAAAUUUCUAAUUCUGCUGAUUUUGAGGGGGAAAUAGACAAAUCUGAAAUAGACAAAUCUUUAAAGCUCCCUGAAAUCAAACUUGAUUUGACUCAUUAAAAAUGUCAAGUUAUUUGUUCUACUUGGAUGGUUUAGUUUAAAGGUGUUUGGAUUUUUUUAAGAGGCAGCAUUGUUUCUGCUCAGGGGUUAAUAUUUCUAACUAUAUUGUUUGUAGCUGACCCCAUUCUAGGAUUUGUUGGGUUUGGUUUGGUUCAAGUUAAAAGAGGACAAGAACUGUGCAAAGCACUUCACUUCCAGCCUAUGCUAGGGGAGAUACGCUCCUACACAGAAGUUACCACAGGGGUCAGGUUACCUUCUUCAAAUUGCACAUCGUAGUACUGUAUCCUCACUGUGGAAACAAGCCAGGCCAAAUGAACUCUGGAAAACCUACAAGCCGUGUAAAUUUUCCUUUGUAUAAGUUACCAUGGUCUAAAUUUGGUGUAACGUAUCUCAUCCUUAUUUUAUCUUCAUUGUAUUUAUGCUGAAUACUCCCUUUGCGUUUUCAGGAUUUAUGCCUAUAAGAAACUUAUACUUGACUCUGUAAAAUAAGUGUAAAGAAUUAUAUGUAUAUUUCCUGGUUUUUUCUUGAAAUAUUAAAAAGGCUGAGCAAGUUAUUGAA